AUGACCAGCAGCGGCAUUGAGCUGGAGCAGCUCUGGAGACUCCCUGGAUGGACCACAUGUCGACCCCAAAUCCGACUCCCACGCAACUCCGACCUCGACGCCACCACCACACACAACUCGCAUCAUGACACGCCCACCUCGUCGUCGGCCGCGGCCGUCCUCCCCUACUACGCGCCGCCCACCUACGCCUCCUUCUCGCCCGCACACCUAGCCACCGCCUCCUCCGCCGCCAAACGCCGCUCCACCAUCCUCGUCCACCAGAAGUCGCCUCUCCUGCUCGUCACCCCGCCCCAGGUCAUCCGCGCCCUCGCCUACAGCCAUCUCUUCCUCCUCCCGCUCAACAAGCUCGCGGGGCUGCUCACAUGGACCACCGGCGACCCCUGGGAGAGCUUCCUCCUGCUCGUCGCCUUCUGGGCCGCCGUCCUCUAUGGCGACAUCCUCGUCCGCCUCGCGGGUCCCAUCGUCACCGUCCUUGCCCUGAUCGGCGGCAUGUACAGCCGGCGCUACAGCCCCCUCUCGAGCAGCGGCUGGGCAGAGCACCCGAGCAACCUCAACAGCCACACCGGCGGCCUCGGCAGCAGUGGGAACACCAACAACAAUAAGAGCAAGGGCGGCAAGAACAGCGCUGGCGGGGCCGGCGAUCCCGCCAGCACGACGGGCCACACGCGCGCCGGCAGCGAGGCGACGAGCACGCGGCACCAGAAGACAUUGGACGAGAUCGUCGAGACUCUUAAGGUGUUCACGACGCGGUGCAAUAUCCUCCUGGAGCCCCUGCUCGAGAUGACCGACUUCCUCUCGACCUCGCGCACAGCUACCAGCGCGACCACGCGCCCGGCGCUCACGACGCUGUUUGUCCGGCUGCUCGCCAUCACGCCCCUCUGGAUCGCCCUGAUGCUCCCGCCCUGGCGCAUCAUCACCACCAAGCGCGUCGCGCUGAUCGUCGGCACGAUCCUGCUCGCCGCGGUGCGCCAGAUCGCCGGCUGGAUCACCGGGCUCGAGUUCGACCGGCCGACCAUCGCCGCCACUUCCGCCGCCGCCAACGCCCAUAACGGCUCCUCAACGUCGUUGUCAUCGUCAAAGAAGCACCCCAGUAACGCCGCAUCCGCGCUCACCGCGGCCCUCCAACGCGGGCGCCGGCGGCCACAGUCGAAAGACCCGGGCGUCCGGUUCACGUUCAUCCUAUACGAGAACCAGCGCCGCUGGGUCGCGCUAGGCUGGACGAGUAGCCUAUUCACGUACGAGCGCGCCGCGUGGACGGACGAGCAGAACAACCCCCUGCCGUCCAAGGACGCGUUCGAGCUGCCCGAGGUCGAGGACGCGCCGGCCAAGUGGCGAUGGGUGGAGGGGAGCCGGUGGCGCGUGGACGGCGUGCCGGACCCGGAGGUCACGGAUUAUGACACGGAGGCGGGCAAGAUGGGAUGGAUCUACUAUGACAACAAGGGCUCCGGCUCGCUGGCGUCCUCGCCCGAGGUAGAGAGGUCCAAGACGUUCCAUCAUAAUGAUAGCAACAACGAUGCAGCGGGGAGUAGUACAGCCUCGACAAAGUCGCGCUUCCGCUUCCCCACGCCGACGUUGCGCAGGCGGGCCACGGGCGGCAGCGUGUCGAAUCACCAGCAGCAGUCCUCCACAUCCUCCCACACCAAUGAUAACAGCACCGGCACCGGCAGCGGGAGCGGUGGGAAAGGUAGUGGGAACAGCAGCAGCAGCAGGCCGCGGCGCACUAGCAACGCGAGCAGCCUGGGCCGGACGGAGCGGGACUACACGGACGACGACAGCGGGUUCGGCAGCCUCACGCCCGCGCUGGAGUUCGAGAUCCAGGGCCACCACAAGGAGCUCGGGAGCUGGGGCGUCGGCGACGACGUGCAGAUGGGGCUGGAGUAG